AAAAGAUUUUUCAGAAAAUCAAUCAAUCUCUGAGAGUUGUUUUCUACAGCCGAGCCAAGAGUUAAUUCGGCCUGUACAAAAUUGAAAUUUCGCACCACAACUUUAAAUGAAUAACAUCUGAGCGAAAUUGUUGCCAACAAAUUAUGUACAUAACAGAGUUGGCUGGAAAUUUUCAAAGCUAAAUAAUUUUCAUUAUCAAAAGCUAUGUACGAGUAUGACGAUGAAUACGAAGACGUCGCAGGAGCGUCGAUCAGGCCUCCAGAGGUGCAGGUUGGCAUCACCAGGUCACUGACCACUAAAUUCAGAGAAAUGAGAAGCGAAAAAAUGGACAGUUACAACACCGACAUAAACAAAUUGGUCAUCCGUCUGGAGAAAUUGAUGAAUGGCCUUUCCAGCGAUCCUGUCAAAAGAAAAACUCAUGAGCAAGCAGUUGUUUCUUGGAUGGAUGACUCGUUGGUCAACUUGUGUCCGAGUUGCGGUUCGUCUUUCAACCUGACCAGGCGGAAGCACCACUGCCGAUUGUGCGGAGCCAUCACUUGCAACGCCUGCUCUCAAUAUUUACCAAUUGCGGACGCACUCAAAUUGUCAAACAAAAAGCUCUCCGAGGAGUCGAUGCAACAGGCGAGCCUUCCUGACUUCAGGGUCUGCAUGCCCUGUUACGAAAGACUGGAGCACCGGACACAGAAAGUGGCAAGCAAGACUGCAAGACCAAUUAUUUGUCAAUUCUACGACAAACUUCAGCACCUUCAAGCAGAUGCUUCCGUUCUCCUUGCCGAAUACAACAAAAUGCAUUCCUCCCUCUGUUCGGGCGAGUCCAUGUACGACUUGCGAGAUGCUCAGAUGACUCGGCUCAAGUUGGUGCAGCUGGCCGAGCAGAUCGAACACACAAGCAAGUCCAUUUUGAUCCUGGGUACCAAAUCAAAUGAGGAAAGCGCCCCUCGCGGACGGACUCUGCGCCUCCAGCAGUCGGUCAGGGCAUCAGCCUCGAACUUUAUUCGGGACAAUCUAAUGGGUUUGCCAACGCUGCCGUCUGAGAUGGAACUUAAGGACCUGAGGAGCCGUGUCCGCAGUGGCAUUUCAAGCAGAAUGAACCAAUCCGGAGGUCCGAAGUCGGCCCACGUGAUGCAGGGGGCAGGCUGGGGCACUUACACAAGCAGCAGUGCAGUGGUCGAGUCGGAUGACCCCAUCGUCCAGCAAAUUAACCUGGUCAGGGGCUACAUCAAGCAGGCCAAGGAAGCAGGGAGACUGGACGAAGUCUUUUCUUUAGAGGAAAACUUGAAACUCCUCGAAACCACGUACUGGCAGCAGCAAGGCCAGUAAGCAGCAGGUGAGCAGCAAUUUCAUUGUGAUAAAUUUAAUAUGUACGCUAUAUAAUUCCGUUACCAAGAUUUGUGCUUUCAGCCGUGAUAAGAAAUAAAAUGUUUCUUUAACUCUGCUAUUUUUAUCCAAGUGUUUAGUUAUUUUAAAUAAAACCAAAUUUCAUCGAC